AAAUAUUCCUAAAAACCCUGAAAAACUCACUGGAACUCAAUAACACUGUGUGAUAAUGUGACCGCGAUACUUUAUGUGAACGGUCAAACGCACAUCUUACUGUCAGUAGAAAAUAAACUUUGCAUUAAUAGUAACUGUAUAAAUAUGUCUUUAUUUUUAGAGCAUAUUGUCAUCAUAUCUUUUCAAUUAUAUUUAUGUACGCUUAAGGUCUACAUGAUAUUAUUGUCCUGAAAUGUAGAUAUUUUAAAUCUAAUGAGCUAUGCUGAAAUAACUACUUUUAUCCUGUUUCCACUCACAUGCAAUUACAUUCUUACCUGUAAAUUAAUAUUUAUUAACUUCCUCAAUCUAGUCUUUGAUUCAAUUUGAUUUGAAGCUCUCAAGUUAGUUUUCUUUUCUCCUCCACACAGUUUAGGUGUAAUUUAGCUGAAAUGCUACACUGUACCAGCAGUGUUUGUGGCUUACUGGUUAUUUAGUGUCGACUCCUUUCUUGUAGGACUUGAGCUGGGAUGCCUGAGUCUCCUCUCAGUCCCACAGCAGCCCGUCAAACUCCAGCCAGCAGCCUCCUCAGUCACACAGACAACGGUGCAGGCGAGGGAGCAGCUAAUGGGGACUCCUGCAGUGGAGUGAGUGCUGAAAACUGGCAGAGUCUCCACCAUAAACAGGUGUUUCUGGCUAUGAUGGCUCCUCAGCAGAUGCAGCACCUUCUGUCUCCCAACCAGCUGCAGGCCCUUAUCCACCAGAAACAACAAGCCCUAAUGAUCCAGCAGCAACAUCUGAAAGAGUUUUACAAGAAGCAACAACAACAGAUUCACCUGCAGCUGCUUCAGCAGCAGCCCAGCAAGAAAGUUAAAGAGCUUCCCGCACAGCAGCUCAUGUUCCAGCAGCUGCUCCAGCUCCAGCUCCAGCAGCAGCAGCAGCAGCAGCAGCAGCAGCAGCAGCUUCUCCGGGUGAAGACACCGGUCCUGUCCUCUCCAGGAGGUCUCAGCCCUGCAGAGAUGCAGCAGAUAUGGAAAGAGCUCACAAAUGGACUGACUGAUGAUAAAACCACAUCAAAGGGCAACCAGGACUCUUCUGUUCAUGACAUGAUGUCAACAAAAGUCAGACGGAGACAGGCGGGUGACCAGGAGACUUCUUCCCCUCAGAGGGCAGAAUGUGCUGUUAAAGCUAAUCGAGAUGCCACACACACUCUUUACAGCCAUGGAGUGUGUAAUUGGCCCGGAUGUGAGUCGGCAUGUGAAAACUUCAGCCAGUUUGUCAAGCAUAUGGGCAGUGAGCACACUUUGGACGACAGAAGCACGGCACAGUGCAGAGUCCAGAUGCAGGUGGUUCAGCAGCUUGAGCUUCAGCUCCGCAAAGAACGGGAGCGUCUGCGAGCGAUGAUGGCUCACCUGCACCUUCCAUCUUUAGAAGGCCAGCCACUCUCUGCACCCACGAGUCUGCAGUCGCCGCAGUCUGACACAGCUGCUGACCCCCGCGGUCCACAGCUCAGCUCAGUCGCCAUCAACAACGACCUGCCCUCGCUGAGCCCGUCAGACUUGGCCCAGACCUCCCCCAAACUUCUGGGCCGUGUCAGCUCUCCCUCACAGGGGUGUGAAGACGAGUCGCCCACUAAUACAUCGUGUGCCGGGGCCAUAAGACGUCGUCAUCAUCCUUUGGCGUACUCCCUGUCGUCAGAAAAUGAAUAUGAGCUCUAUAAGAACACUGACAUCAGACCACCUUUCACCUAUGCAACACUGAUAAGACAGGCUAUUAUGGAAACACCAGACAUGCAGCUAACACUCAAUGAGAUAUACAACUGGUUCACGCGGACGUUUGCUUAUUUCAGACGCAACGCUGCCACUUGGAAGAACGCAGUGCGCCACAACCUGAGCCUGCACAAGUGUUUUGUGCGUGUGGAGAAUGUGAAAGGCGCCGUGUGGACAGUGGAUGAGGAGGAAUACCAGAGGAGGAGAUCCCAGAAGAUCACAGGUCCGUCACUGAUGAAAAAUGUGGCCUCCAACCUGGAUUUUGGGACCAUUCUGAAUGCCAGUUUACAGACGGCACUGGCUGAGGCAUCGCUGCCAGGAUUCAAGAAAGAGUGUGUCGGCAGAAACUCCAGGAGUCAAAUACAGGAGAACAAAGCAACAAACAGCCAAAGUCAACAAAACUUCUCCCCACGAGUCCAGCAGGCUCUUCUCCUUAAAGACGAAGCACUGACUCUGACCAACCAAGAAUCCCUGAUGCCAACGGUGAAAUCAGCCAGUCUGCAGCACAACGUGACUGAAAAUGACGAAGAGCAUUUGUUCGACCUUGAAUGACAACAGAAGGUUUCAGACUUGACACAAUCACUGCAAAGUAGUAAAGUAAAACUGUGCUGACUAUCAGGGACGUAGACAACAAUAUAGCACCAUGCACAUAUCCAAAUGGAGCUAGCCAGAGUUGUGGUUCAUUAUAGGGUUCACAUAUGAACGCUGGUCUGGUUUUGUUGUCUUCUGUCCUUUCGACAUUAGGAAAGAAGGGUAGUUGUUUUUGUGUUAGGUUUCAGAAAAUGAAUUCUGUUAAAUACAAAACUCUGUGUAUCUGAAGCCGUGCAUUGCUCAAAUUUGAACAACGCAAAUAAGAAAAAAGGUGCGUCAAAAAAGAAAUACAUGAGAACGUACGCAGUCACAAAUAGAGCUGGGAACUGAUAGUUUGGGAUAAAUGAUGUCCUUUUUCACCGUGAACAAGUCCAACACUGACAUGUAAAUGUUAUAUCAUAAAGGCCAAAGUGAGUGAUUUGUAAAAUGAUGUAAAGAAUUUAUGUUUUGUCUGUUUAUUGUGACAAGAAAAACACACAGAGUGGAUGUGAAUGUAAAAAAAGAGGGAGGGGUUUUUGUGAUUUUUCUUUCAAUGAAACAUGUAUAGUUUGUACCGUGGCUUCACUCUAGUGUCUCUGUACAUUAAAAUGACUUGUAAGAUGCUCGUCAUCCUGCUUAAAUGUGUUUAAUCAAUGUCCAGCUCAAGUUAGUCAGUGUCUAACGGUGUGUCUGUUGUUUCCCGUGAGUACCUUGUGCUUGAUCUUCCCAAACAUACACUUUUAUAACAAUUGGAGUCUUUACAAUGGAUGUUAUUGUGAACAUGUAACUCUCUGUUUAUGAAACUGUGUUUGUCUAUAGCUGUGUGUCCAAAGUGUCUGAUAACAAUGUAAUAAAUAAAUGUAAACCUGUUCAUUGUU